AUGACCAGGCGAAAAACAGUAGAUUCAAGGCUUUCGGAAUGGCAAAAUACAUGCAAGCAUCCUAUUAUAAACUUGACGCCAGAGAAAGUUGAUAAAUUAUAUCAAUUGAAAAUGAAAUGUAAAAACAAAAAUAUCAGAUCUAACAAGCACUUGCCUAUUACAUUAUCAAGCUUACAAAAGAAGAUGGAAAAACUCUUUAUUAAAGAUAAAGGUAAUUCACGUAUAUCUUCUUUUUCGGAACAUAAGGUGUCAAGCCUUUGCACUUAUAAAAAUGGCGGUUAUUUCAUCGACGGGAAAUGUUCAAUGAAACUGCCCGAUAUCGAAAGUGCUAUUCACAGAUUCAUGUGGAAGAAAUAUGGAAAAGGGCUAAUUUACUGUUAUGGGUGUGAUCCGACCGGUAAGAAAAGGCAUACUGAGUGGUUCAAAGUACCGGUGUUAGAAUUGCCUUCAGUGUUAAGGAUCAUUGAUUCUUAUUGCCGCGGAGAAGAAUCCUGCAACCGCGAUCUUCCUUGA